AAUUCAAGUGCUUCGGAAAUGGAGUAUAUUGCCCAAUUGAGUAUCGAAAAUAUCAAAUUAUUUACACAAAUUGAUAGUAGUAAUGCAUUGUAUACAUUGAAAAACGCGUGUGAAUUAAUUUUUAUCAAGAAUAUUCAAUUAGUUUGAUAUUUUCUACCUAGAAUUUAUCGAAAAAUUUUAUUCGUUUAUUGAAAAAAUAAAAAUCUUGCAACGGAUCGCUAGUGGCAUCUAUUGUGGCCAACAUAGAACCACAUUAAGCACCUGCUGUGUGCUGUGCUGGUAAAUCUUGCCUGUGCUAGAUUUUUCGUCCAGUCCAUUCACGUGAAAUUCCAAGAGUGGAAUUUUUUUUUUUUGUAAAAUUUUUUUACAAUAUGGACGAAGAUUGGGAUUCUGAAAAUUUUGAGGCAAAAAGUGUUUUGCCAAAUGUGCCUGUAGUUGCUAAUAAAUGGGAAGGUGAAGAUGAAGAAGAUGAAGUUAAGGAAAGUUGGGAAGAUGAAGAAGAAGAAAAGAGAGAUGUAGAAAAAGUAGAAGUUAAAUCAAAACCUAAACCUAAGAAAGCGUUAGCCGAUAAAAUAGCUGAAAAGGAGAGACAACGAUUAGAAGAAUUAGAACGUAAACAAAAGGAACGAGAAAGUGAAAUGACACUAGAAGAGAAAUUAGCUGAAAAAUUACGACGACAAAAAUUACAAGAAGAGUCUGAUUUACAAUUAGCAAAAGAAACAUUUGGUAUAAAUGUUGUAAAUGAAUCAACUAAGUCAUUAGAUAGUAUGAAUCCACAAACACAAGAAGAUUUUAUUGAAUACGCUGAUGCGAUUAGUAAAAGAGUUCAAACCUUUAACAAGAGUCCUGAAUAUGUUACAUUUGUUGAAGAUUUAAUUCGAAAUAUUUGUGUUUCACUUAGUUCGACAGAUUUAAAGAAAUUAAAAACAACAAUAGAUACUAUAUUCCAAGAAAAACAAAAGGUAGAAAAAGGUGAAAAAUCAAAAAAGAACAAAGGAAAAGGAAAAGCUAAAUUAAAAAUUGAAGGAGACAAUUCGCAUCUUAAUGAGUAUUCAGUGUAUCAAGAUUAUGAUUAUGAUGACUUUAUGUAGCACAAUAUACUAAUACGAUUACGAUUAACGAUUACAAUCAAUUUAGUUAUUUUUUCUUUUUUUAAUAUAUAAUAAACAAUAUAUAUAUAUA